CAUGAUUUUAAACGGAAGUAGUCGGUCAUAACGUCCAGCGCUAAACCCUUUAAACCUCAUCUACACAAACAUGUUUCAGCGAUAAUCGUCUACAUUGCGGCGAGAAAUACUUAAGCAAACAAGCCGGAAUGGGUCAGUCAGAGCUGGAAGAAUCGUCUCUCAUGCUGGACGAGAAGCUGCUUCGUUGCAUGGAGCAGCUGGAGUUACUGGAGGAGAAGCGAGCUGCUCUCAACUCUCUCAUAGAGCAGGGAUGGUUUUCCAUGUCCAAGGCGCGGUAUUCCAUGGGAAACAAACAGGUCUCUGCUCUUCAGUAUGCAAGUGAGAUAGAGCCACUGGUCCACGUACACACCAGAACACUGGAUAACAAUGAGGUGGAGUUCUGCAUCGAAAGAGUCACUCAGAAGUGUAACAAUGAGUCUGGAAAAGAUGUGAAGACUGUGGAGGAUAUUGGACCUCAAGAAGAAGGUGUGAGGAGAAGAAUCAAAUCAAAAAACAACUCCACAGAAAAAGAGGAGACUGAAAAAGCAGGCAGUGAGAGGCUCUUGACAAAAACGGAGCCUUCUGAGGUCGUUCCAGUAAUCAAACGUGACCAAAAUCCUCAGCAAGAUCCACUGAAAUGGUUUGGGAUCCUGGUGCCACAAACUCUCAAACAGGCACAGUCAUCGUUCAAGCAAGUGAUUGAGCUCUCUGCUGAGAUCGCAAGCCUUCAGAGUGCAGUUUGCACCGCCAGAGAGGACCUGAAGCUGAGCAUGAAACAGAAAUGUGCACUUGUGGAGAAAACCUCUGCAGCUCAGUUGGACAAGGUCACAGACUAAUUGAUUGUGUUGAGUAAAACCUGGGGAAGAGCCGAGAGUAGCCUCCGGUCAUACGGAGUGACAGGUUCAGGAUGGAGUCACAGUGGAUUAGGAUGCCUAAGGGGAGCCAUCCUGCUCCGACAGCUCUCCCUGCUGGAUUUCAAGUCUGUACCACAAAACAGAUGUUUAGAGAUCCACACAAUUGACAGUUACUAGAUAAUUUAUUGUUUAAAUCUGUGCUGUUUUGACUGUCUAGCAAAUGUGUAAUGAAGGUGAUUUGUGUGUUUGUGUGUGUGUGUUUGAUUGGUGCUUGCUCAUUUGAAUUUUUCACUCAGGCCUAGUAAAAUCAGCUCUAUAGGCUGCACCAUGUUUAUUUAAACAGAGACCCUGUUUGAACAUAUUCCAUUAAAAUGUUUUGAUUACAA